AUGGCCUUGAGGAACCACAGCAUCAUCACUGAGUUUAUUCUCAUUGGACUAUCUGAUGACCCCCACAUCGAGGCUCUGCUCUUUGUGCUCUUCCUGGGGAUUUACAUUCUGACCAUAAUGGGGAACCUGACGAUGCUGCUGGUGGUCAGGACUGAUUCCCAUCUCCAUACACCUAUGUAUUUCUUCUUGAGUAAUCUAUCAUUCCCAGACCUUUGCUUCUCUUCUGUCACUGUGCCCAAGCUACUGAAGGACCUCCUGUCUGAGAAGAAAACAAUCUCAGUAGAGGGCUGUCUGACUCAGGUCUUCUUUGUGUUUCUCACUGCGGGGACUGAAGCCUUUCUUCUCUCAGUGAUGGCCUAUGACCGCUAUGUUGCCAUCUGCCACCCGCUGCUUUAUGGCCAACUGAUGAGCAACCAGCUCUGUGUGAAGCUGGUGCUGGCCUCCUGGGGCCUGGCCUCUCUCAAUUCAGUCGUCAUUGUGCUCUUGGCUAUUAGCCUGGACUUCUGUGAGGCCCAAACCGUACAGCACUACACCUGUGAGCUGCCCUCCCUCUUCCCUCUGUCUUGCUCUGAUAUCUCCAUCAGUAUUGACAUCUUGAUUUGCUCCAUCUUACUGCAUGGGUUUGGAACCUUCCUCCCAGUCUUCUUCUCUUAUACUCGCAUUGUUUCCACCAUCCUGAGCAUCAGCUCUACCACAGGCAGAAGCAAGGCCUUCUCCACCUGUUCCUCCCACCUCAUUGCAGUGAUCCUAUUCUUUGGCUCAGGUUUGAUUCGCUAUCUGAUGCCCACCUCUGUUUCCUCCCUAGAUUUGCUCUCCUCUCUGCAAUACAGUGCAGUCACACCCAUGCUAAACCCCCUCAUCUACAGCCUAAAAAACAUGGAGGUGAAGGCAGCUGUGAAAAGGACAUUGGGGAAAUAUCUGCAAUAUUUUAGGUAG